AGAAAGCACAGAAGUUUACCUGACAGCGACAAUACAGGGGAACUGUAGCAGACGUUCAGAAGUUGCCGCGAAAUUUCCAGAAAUGGCUUGUCAAAUUGCCUUUAAGUUUGGCUGCUCAUCCGCCAACACCGUGAACACCAGGUGUGGCAGUGUUGUUCUCGACUUCAUGAUGAGGUUCAAUCGAAGUGUAGUUGUCAGCAAUCUUUUGACUGUCCUGUUUGAUGCUGCAAUGGAAGACAAAUUCGGAGGUUUUAAAGUCGAUCCAGAAUCAAUUAAACAAGUUUUUAUACCCACAGACGGCUCGGAAAGCACAACAAAAGGUCCUGAGGAAUGUAACUGCCCAUCUAACAACGUCUCGUUAGCCAUAAAUGGGGUUCUUGCCUUCAUAAUCGUUCUUCUAAUUAUUUACAUAAUCUGGCUACAUAAGAAAGGCGCUGUAGGGAAACAGAGGACCUAUGAAGAUAAAAGAGGUGUUUCCUACAAUGAAACAGGAUUAGAAGAUAGCGAACCAAGUCUACUCGAUUCAGCAAAACUCACCCAGCCUCCUGCGGAAUACAUGGAUCUCAUAGAAGUCAACAAACAUGAUAGAAAGGCACAAAGUACUGCUUCAGGUGCUGAUUACGUGCCUCUUCAUCCGUUAACACGCUGCUGGGAAGUUCCAAGAUACCACGUGACCAUAGAAAAAAUCAUUGGUAAAGGUGCUUUUGGUCAGGUUGCCAAGGGAACAGCAGUAGGACUUCGAGGGAGUCCUGAAACGACCACAGUGGCUAUUAAGAUGCUUAAAAAAAACGCUACUGAAUCGGACAAGAGAGAUUUGAUGAAAGAACUUGACACAAUGAAGCAGCUGAAACCACAUCCUUACGUCAUUAAACUUCUGGGAUGCGUUACAGAAUCUGAACAGCUGCUGGUUUUGAUUGAAUAUGUGCCUUUUGGGGAUCUGCUGGGUUACCUGAGAAAGAGCCGUGGAUUAAAAGACACUUACUUCCAAGACCCGGAUGUCAAACCACAAACAAAUCUGACGUCACAGCAGCUGAUGAAGUUUGCUUGGCAAAUUGCUGAUGGAAUGAGUUAUUUGUCCUCAAAAUCUAUCAUUCACCGAGACCUUGCGGCUCGUAAUGUGUUGGUUGGACAUAAGGAAACUUGUAAAGUGACAGACUUCGGAAUGGCCAGAGAUGUGCAGCAGGAAAAUAUUUAUGAACGAAAGACUAAGGGCCGUCUUCCCGUGAAGUGGACAGCUUAUGAGGCCUUGAUGUAUGGUAAAUAUACCACCAAAAGUGAUGUAUGGAGUUACGGAGUUUUGCUGUACGAGAUUUUCACCAUAGGUGGUUCACCUUACCCACGAAUGGAUGGAAGAAAAAUUGCAAACUUACUUCAGGAUGGAUACAGGAUGCCUAAACCACAACACGUCAAUGAAGAAUUGUAUCAGAUUAUGAUGAAAUGCUGGAAGAAUGACCCAGAUGCAAGACCAACUUUUACUGAAUUGAAAAAUCAGCUUACGGACAUGGAAACCCUACACAAGAAGCUGAUCAACAUGACAAUGUACGACAAGCAGUUGUAUGCAAACGUCGAGGAUUUAAUAGUGUAGUUAGAUCAUAGAUUUCCGCGGUAAAUGACUGGCUUACAGUUUGAACACUUUGCCUCAGCAAGUUUCAGGGAUGAAUCAUCUUUGCCUUACACGCUUACUUGGUAGAAAAAGCCAUUUUGUAUUAAGAAAUUAGGCUGGAACGUUAUGACUCAAUUGAUUUUAUAUUCUUAAACGCUGUAACGCUUUUAUCAGUUUACUGAUAAAAUAUACUCUCAUGUUCUCUUUAACAUGUUUAGCACUUACACGCAUGCUCGACACAAGCGUUUGAAUUCAGUUUAUUUCCUGGCUCAAUUCUGAAAGGCAGGACAGCGCAAAAAAAAAAAAGCUAGUUAACUAGAUUGAUGAGAUCUAGCUCAGAUUGCCAUAGUUGUCUACAGUUUUAGUAAAUUGCUGAAAAAAUUGUUUUGCCGCAAAACCCGCUCGAUUUUAGGAAAGCUAUCCGGCGCAUAAACUGCUUUCCCUAAGACCGCAUUUACCUGCGAUACCAACUCGAAAUACUUUUACACUGAAAGUAUUAUUAAUUAAAAAUUAACGUUAUCCUAAUAGAAAAAUUAUACUUGGCACAUUACUUGAGCAAUCGUCUUAGCUUUGAAUCAAAGUGCUCUGUGAGCAAACUCGUGAAUUGACAGGUGACUUACAUAAUUUUUUGGAUUAUGUUUAGGGUUAUCUGGCUUAGGGAAUUUUGUGGUUGAUUGUCAUAUUUAGAGUACGAGCAGUAGUUCAGUGUUCGCUAAUGUAGCAAAUCAAAUCACUUUGGUCGACAGAAAAAUAUUGGUUUCAGAAUUAAUUUGUAUAAGCAAUAGUGUCAAUUACGUUAGUUGACAAGCGGCCUUAAAACCGUCUGCAGUUAAUUUUAAUCGUUCUCAAAAAGUACAUAGAAAGUUAAAACGUGAAGUAUUUGGUUACAGUUAAACUGAACGAUGUAACUUUUAUUCAUUUAAUAUCUGAAUUUUCUCAAACGAUUUGUUCGUAGUAAAAGAGCGAGCGAAGUUUUAGUUUAAGUUCUACAACAAAUUUACGCUCUCGGUGAGUCUUUCCGAGUCCGUUCAAUUUGGACAUUUUUACCGUAAAUUGCACAAUAGAAACUGAAGGAAUUUAAUGAAUAAAGGCCGCAUUAAAUCCCCGUUUGUUUCGUUGGAGUGUACCAUUCGAAUUUAGUUUUCGUGGAGGAAAGACCAGAUUUACACACGCCAUUGCAGCAAACAAACGAACAAACUCUCACAACUUCAAAAUAAAAAAAUUGAAUUUACUCGCA